GACGACGGGCGGCCCGAGCGCGGCCCCGCUCUGCUGCUGUCCGCCUCCCGGGCAGACGGCAGCGGCGCGGCGGGGCGCGAUGGCGGCCGGGCUGGGGCCGUGGCUGCUGGCCUUGGCCUUGGGGCCGGCAGGAGUGUGUGCACAGUGGAGGUUGGAAGCAUCUGGCGGAGGUGUACGAGCACCUGGAGAUUCUGUGCAGCUCUCCUGCCGUGGAUAUGGCUUCAAAUUUGGAGGUGUUUGGUGGUAUCGUCAGGCACCCGGUGGCCAUCUCAAGUGGCUGUCUGACAUCAGCAAGAGCUCAUACGUAAGAGCAAGCCCUGAGGUGGAGGGUCGACUGAAAGGCUCCCGAGAUGAUUCCCGAGCUAUAAUCUCUCUGUCCUUGCAUAACCUGCGCCCCGAAGACUCAGCGCGCUACUUCUGUGCCAUCACACGGGAACAGGAAAUCCUGCAGAGCUGUAACAAUAACCCCUUCCUGGACACAGCCAAGGUUGCAGGAUACAAAGGGCUGGAAGGUGCUGGAGCAGCUCUGGGCUGCUUCUGGACAGUGAGGAGGCAUCGCUGCACACCACACAUGGCGCUGUUCUUUCUGCAAGAUCUCCUCUUCCCUCACCACUCCUUCUCUCCUCCAGAGUCCCAAAAGCAGUGUUGUAACGUGGCGGUUAUGUUCAGCAUAUUUCUGCUUAGCAAAACAUCAAGCACUCAACCUUCCUGCCCUCAGCCCAUCUGGACUGAUCAGUUCUUGGUUUUCUUCUUUGCUUGGGUGCUCAAAAACUUUGGAGUUCUAGUAAGAGCCUUGCCUGCUUCCACCAGCAGCUGUAGGCAAUUCUUUCCAUGUAUCAGCCAGCAAAGCCAUGGGUAAAUAAAUAUGUCUGAUGUG